AUGGCGAUGGUGCGCAGCAUGGCUCCGUUGGCAGGGGAACCUCCCAAGGAGGCCCUGAGCGAGGGAAUGUGCUGGUUUCAGUGCAUCUCCCCUCCUGGAGACACCUACAGCGUCCCCAUCACCCGCGUGGCGCUGGUGACCGGCGCCAACAAGGGCAUCGGCUUCGCCAUCGCGCGCGACCUGUGCCGCCAGUUCUCGGGGGACGUGGUGCUCACGGCGCGGGACGCGGCGCGGGGCCGGGCGGCCGUGCAGCGGCUGCAGGCCGAGGGCCUGAGCCCGCGCUUCCACCAGCUGGACAUCGACGACCCGCAGAGCGUGCGCGCGGUGCGCGACUUCCUGCGCCAGGAGUACGGGGGGCUGAACGUGCUGGUCAACAACGCGGGCAUCGCCUUCAAGUUCGAUGACCCAACGCCUUUUGACAUUCAGGCUGAGCUGACGUUGAAGACAAACUUUUUUGCCACGAGAAAUAUCCUCACCGAGUUACUGCCAAUAAUGAAACCCCACGGCAGAGUUGUGAAUAUCAGCAGUUCUCAGGGGUCAAAAGCUCUUGAAAACUGCAGUGAAGAGCUGCAGGAGAAAUUCCGCGCCGAGACCCUCACCGAGGAGGACCUGGUGGACCUUAUGAAGAAGUUUGUGGAGGAUGCCAGAAAUGAAGUGCAUGAGAGGGAAGGCUGGCCCAGCUCAGCUUACGGGGUGUCCAAGUUGGGGGUCACCGUGUUGUCGAGAAUCCUGGCCCGGCGUCUGGAUGAGAAGAGAACAGCGGACCGGAUUCUGCUGAAUGCCUGCUGCCCCGGGUGGGUGAAGACGGACAUGGCCGGGCCUUAUGGGGAAAGGACAGCGGAGGAGGGGGCCGAGACCCCCGUGUACCUGGCUCUCCUGCCUCCAGAUGCCACCGAGCCGCAGGGCCAGCUAGUGUGUGACAAACUCUUUGAGGCAGCUGUAAUGUCAGCUCGGAAGGAGGAGACGCCCCGGCGGAGGCUGAUCCACGUCGCAAGAGGACCCCAGGGGAGCCGGGGAUGGGUGGGGAACCCGCUGGCCGAGCAAAGGCCCCAGUGCGCUGUGCCGUAA